CCUCAACAUCGACGUCGACCACCGCAGGCCCCGACACCCCCCUCCGCGACGAUACACCCAGCUCGACUUCGCUUCCUCGUCGAACUGAAUUCUCGCAACAAUGGCGACCGAGUUGACCGUCCAGUCGGAACGUGCGUUCCAGAAGCAGCCUCACAUCUUCAACAACCCUAAGACUCUUGCGAAGAGCAAGAAGGUUGGCCAGGGCCGCAGAUGGUACAAGGAUGUUGGUCUUGGAUUCCGUACCCCCAAGACCGCCAUUGAGGGCACCUACAUCGACAAGAAGUGCCCCUUCACUGGUAUGGUCUCCAUCCGUGGCCGUAUCCUGACCGGCCGUGUUGUCUCCACCAAGAUGCACCGUACCAUCGUCAUCCGCCGUGAAUACCUCCACUACGUCCCCAAGUACAACCGUUACGAGAAGAGACACAAGAACCUUGCUGCUCACGUCUCUCCCGCUUUCCGUGUUGAGGAGGGUGACUGGGUUACCGUCGGCCAGUGCCGUCCCCUGUCCAAGACUGUCCGCUUCAACGUCCUCCGUGUCCUGCCCCGUACCGGCAAGGCCGUCAAGGCUUUCUCCAAGUUCUAAGCGUGUCGAUGAUGAUGGGGGUGUUUCGAUUCCAGAGGGUCAUCAACCUAGGGCAGCGGCGUGACUGGAUAUAAGCGAAUUAGUUUAACGGGUUGGGAUUGUUUCACGAUUUCAUGUCCCAGGUACCCUUGUGAAGGAAAUAUCCAAUGAAAAAAAGCUUUUUGAUACUCCUAUGUUAGAAUUCCAACUGUAUAGCCAACCGGGAAAGGGAUUGCCGUUCAUGACAGUUCGGGAAUGGAGCUUUUUCAUGAUGCCAAUUUAGGUCUUUUUUCAUUCAUUAUUUCUCUUUACACUAUUGUCGUUCUCCCCGGGAUUCUUCGAUUGCUUUUCCUCGUCGCUAAAAGCUAGAGAAUUGAGAUGCCAGCUGCCCUUGGGAAUAUAGUACAACUUGCCUCCGUGCCUUGAGCAGCCCAGUUGGUGUGCUACCUACCGACCAAUUCUCAGUUCAGCCCCUACCCCAAAACAAGUAAAUAUGCACCGGCUUCUCCUGUUUUUCUUUCGCCCUUCCACCUUUCUGUUCUCCGUCUGAUAUUUUGCCUUGUGCAUAAUCAGAUCUUCGGUUAUUCGGAGACAAGACGGGAUUAGGAACAUUAAGCAGGUAUUAUUAGGUGCAGUAUCAAUU